CAGGUUACUCUGAACAGUCAAGACAGUAAGGCACAAGCCACACUUCUCCUUGGGGAGGCUGAUAGGAGUUUGAAAGGUUUGUUGUGGCCAGUGUCACAUUCCCAACUUCAUCACCAACCCUUUACUUCCAACUCUGCUCUACCCACCGGAGACCACUUAGACACCCAAGCGGAGGUGACAGCUGAAUUCAGGAAACCAUGCAUCAUGUCAGCAGGAACCAACUGCAGACUUUAAAGUCGGUUCAACAUGUGGAGGCAGCAGAGAAAUGACCUGUCCAGACAAGCCGGGGCAACUCAUAAACUGGUUCAUCUGCUCCCUGUGCAUCCCGCGGGUGUGUAAACUCUGGAGUGGCCGGCGCCCAAGGACCCGGAGGAACCUCCUGCUGGGCACAGCCUGUGCCAUCUACCUGGGCUUUUUGGUGAGCCAGGUGGGACGCGCCUCUCUCCAGCAAGGAAAGGCGGCAGAAAAGGGGCACCAGAACCUCGAUCCCGCCCAGGCACCCUUCCCUGAGAUACCCUUGGAUGGUACCCUGGCCCCUCCAGAGUCCCAGGGCAAUGGGACCACGCUGCAGCUCAAUGUGGUGUACAUUACCCUACGCUCCAAGCGCAGCAAGCCCGCCAAUAUCCGUGGCACAGUGAAACCCAAGCGCAGAAAGAAAUAUGCAGUGGCAUCUCCGGCCCUGGGGCAGGAGGCUUUGGUUGGACCAUCCCUUCAGCCACAGGAUGCUGCAAGGGCAGCCCAUGCUGAAGUGCAGGGAGGAAACCCGGGUAAGGUUGGGGAACGACCCUGGAGGUUGAUACGGGGUUCAGGGGUCCAAGUUGGGGGCUCAGAUUUUCAGCGGCCCAAGACCAAGGAGAGCAACAUCAGGAUCUACAGCGAGAGCGCCCCCUCGUGGUUGAGCAAAGAAGACAUCCUCAAAAUGCGCCUGUUGGCGGACGGUGCAGUGGUAGGUCUUCACCCCGUUUCCUCUAAGAGCCGAGCGCGCCUGCUGGUGCUGGAGGGGAGCGCCCCGGGCUCUGUGCCUGGCUGCGGGCCGAGCCCCUGUGGACUGCUCAAGCAGCCCUUGGACAUGAGUGAGGUGUUCGCCUUCCACCUGGACAGGAUCCUUGGGCUCAACAGGACCCUGCCUUCUGUAAGCAGGAAAUCAGAGUUCAUCCAAGAUGGCCGCCCAUGUCCUGUCAUUCUCUGGGACUCAUCUUUAUCUCCAACAAGUAAUGAGACUCACUCUUCUGUUAAGCUCACCUGGGGAACUUACCAACAGUCAUUGAAACAGAAGUGCUGGCAGAAUGGCCGAGUACCCAAACCUGAAUGGGGUUGUACUGAAGUACAUCACCAUGAGUGGUCCAAGCUGGCACUCUUUGAUUUUUUGUUACAGGUCCUAUUUGAUAGUGUGAUUUAUGCCAGAUUAAUGAAGGGCAAAGCAAUUGGGUUUCCCGAAUCUGCAGUUUCUGUUUUGAAGAGCCAGCACUUGCGGCAGAAACUCCUUCAGUCCCUGUUUCUUGAUAGAGUUUAUUGGGAAAGUCAAGGAGGUAGACAAGGAAUUGAAAAGCUUAUUGAUGUAAUAGAACAGAGAGCCAAAAUCCUUCUCACCUAUAUCAACGCACAUGGGGCCAAAGUAUUACCUAUGAAUGAAUGACAAAAGGAUCUUCUGGCUAGAAUACAAGAUAUAUUUAUGCAUUUUGUUUGUUUUGUUUUGAAAUCAAGUACACAAGCCUCAAGUCUUCUUAGGAAUGAGGCAGUAUACAUGAAUACACAAAACAAAUAAACUUAACCAAGUGUAUAGGAUGGAUCUGAGCCCUAUAAGCAGAUUUAAAACCUUUUGAAAAACAUAUACUCAACAAGUAUUUGUUUAUAUUUUUCUCUAACAUCGUGUCAUAGGAGUCUCAACAUCUGGUUGUAGAAUGGUUGCAAUUAUUAUUCCAGCUCAGUUUGUCAUGCCACUUAACAGAAUGGCAUAAACAAGAGGUACGGACUCCUUUAAGCAUAUCUUAUGCCACAUUGACUGGUCUGACUAAGUACUCAUGGGAAUGGUUCUUGAUAUUCUUCCAUUGCUGAUUAUUGAAACAGAGCAGUCCCAGUAUGACCCAGACCCAAUUGUGCCUUUGAAAACUGAGGCUGUGAUCUGCAAAAACAUCAGGGCAUACAAUGAUUCUACAUAGAAAUGGUGGGUUAUUUGCAAAAGCACCAGUAUAUAUUUUCUUUCAUCUAUAAAUGGUCAGCCAUCUCUGUGAUUCUGAGAAGCAAGAAUCACAUUUUCCAUUAUUUUAUAAAUUUAUUUGUUUUCAGUAUAGAAAUCAUCCAAAGCUGAUGGCUUAUAUAUUAGAUAGUUUCGCUUUCCCAACGUGAGUCCAAUUUAUGUCUAGUGCCUUACAAAUUAAAUAAUUUUAAGGUACAAGUUACCUAUUUGAAACUAUAAUUAUAGUAUGCCUUUUUAAAUGGAUGCUCUUUUGAAAAAUUUUGUCACUUUUACAGAGGAUAUACUAUAGUUCUUGUAUAUUUUAUUAAUAACAGUGGAUUUCUUCAGAUUUGUUCUAAUUAUAUUUAGACUGAUUUAAUUGAUAUUGCUCAGAUGUUGGCAAUAGAACCAUAUAUUGGCUGUGGUUAAAUAUAUUGUUUGGCUAAUUCUAAUGUGAGAAAUAUGAACAAAAUAAAUUAAAACCUGACUCUUCAAUUCUCCUCAGUGACUAGAAUGAAAACAGUGAAUUUGGAUAAUAUUAAGGCUAAAGUAAUUUUUCCCAAACUCCCUCUACCAUCAUUUUAAUUAGGCAUAGGGACAUGGGCAUAUAGUAUUCAUGUGCUGGGUCUCUGGAUUUUGGGAAGAUACCCAUGUCAUUACCUACGAUAGAUGUUCAUACAGAAGUUUCAAAUCUGGAACCAAUUUCCCACCUCCCCCUCAGACACCUACUCCCCAUUUAAAAGCUGAUAUACUGACUUCUUUUUUCCCUGGAAGUUUAAAAAUACAAUUUAAGAAUGUAAUACAGUCUAUUCCCUUUCUACUCGGUGCUGCAUGUUAUUGCCAAACCACUGCAUUUUCUGUAUUCUAAUCAAGGGUAACUUAAUAUCACCAUAAAUUAGAACUAUUAAAAACAUUACAGUGAAGACUAGAUUUUUUAAAAAAUAUACCUAUAGAUUCCAAUAUACACAAAUGCGUAGGGGCAAAAUGUCAAAGCAACACAUUGUAACUCUAAGAGGUAGUUACCUUGGUAAGGCCAAGGAGAGAGGGGUCAUUUGAUUAUCUAAUUAUAAUUUUUCUAGUCUCACAUUCAUGUACUCUUGUUUAGCAUCCUUAUUUGCUCGGCUGACCCUUGGAGAAGUGGUCUUCAGACCAUUCUUCUGUUCCAUUAUCUCUCUACAGCUGAGUUCCUCCCUCUGAUUCCACAUACCUAGCAAACUUUGGCUCUCCUGCGUCUCCACUUUUAGCUGCUGUGUUUGGGCUUUUUAAGUCCUCCUUUCUCUCAUUAGUCAGUAUGUUACUAAAAAAAUUGGCCUAACAAAAGUUUGGCAACCCAGGCUUUAUUUUGAGCCAUUGACUUGAAAUAACUCUUUGUAACAUUGCCUUAUUGAGGUGGCAUGUUUGCAUUUUAAUAUGCUUUUUAUGGAAUAUGUCAUCUUUACCUAAAUUUGUGAAAUUAGUGAUGGGAAUUCCAGUCUCCUUAGAAAUGAGCUUUAAUUUUGUGUCUCAAGCUAAACUGUUUUUGGGCAGCUUGGUUCUUUUGUACCUGGAUCUAGCUUUCCUUAUUUUCCUCCAGUUAUUCUGAUAUGCUUACUAUGAACUGAAAGGUGCAGGAAUACAUGUUUAUUUUAGUCACCUUUGCUUCUUAACAAUGUAUUUUAUGUAAUAAUCAGUGAAUAAUUUAUGCUGUAUUAUUUUUGAAUAACGGAUAGCUGCCGGGCCAGGCUUUUAAUUCUGCAUAUUGCUCUUACUGAAACAAUGCGAGUACUCUGAGCCUUUCAAAUGCACUCAGCUUAUGCUGUGGUUUGGUUCACAUAAGCAUAUUAUGUGCUUUAUUUAUAACUUGAUAAGUUUAAAAUAAAACAAUUUACCUUGACAGACAUACAAAA